UUACAAAACAAGCCAAUUGUGUGAGUGGCUCAAGGAGGCUGCAAAAGGAGAGAAAAAAAACAACAAGAGCCUCUUUCCUUUCCUCUCAAACUCAUAAUUCUCUUAUGUGGGAAUUGAGUUUUGGCUUAUUUCAACAUCAUAGCCACUAUUACCCAAAAAAUCUCUUCCUUCUUCUUCAAACAAAAACAUACUAUAAACCUAAGUCCAAAACCCUAAUAUUAAAGCCAAUCCAAUAUUCUUUUUUAUUUUCUUGAUUAAUCAAUUCAAUAGUAUAUCAAUUCUUGUUACUAUUUCUACUUAUUAUAUAUAUAAGGAACAUUACAUUUUUUCCAAAAUUUUCAAGAACAAGAAAUCUCUUCCCUCCUUUGAGAGAGUUCCUUUUACAGAAGAAACAGACCAAUUACUACAACUACAAGGAAUAUUAAUUCAUUCAACCAUUUUUAUUACACUUUUAAAGAUGCUUUCUGCUAUUUGCAUUCUCUUAUUCUGUUUCUUAAUCUCAUUCUUCCCACUAAUUACAAAUUCCCUUAAUCUCACCCUCCCCUAUCAACACCCUUACCCUGAAGCUGUGGUUCAAGAACUACAAAGUAGGGUGAAUGAGUCCAUAUCAAGAAGACAACUGUUAGACACUACCAUAAAUGCACAAUGUCAAACAGGGAACCCAAUAGACGAUUGCUGGCGCUGCGAUCCAAACUGGGCCAGCAAUCGUCAACGUUUAGCAGAUUGCGCCAUAGGCUUCGGCCAGGGCACAAUCGGAGGAAGAAACGGUAAGAUUUACGUCGUCACUGAUUCUUCAGAUAGAGACACCGUAAAUCCAACGCCGGGGACUCUCCGGCAUGCCGUAAUCCAAGACGAACCGCUCUGGAUAAUUUUCUCAGCCGACAUGUUUAUUAAAUUAAAACAUGAACUCAUCGUAAAUAGUUAUAAAACAAUCGACGGUCGUGGUGCAAAAGUACACAUUACAGGAAAUGGAUGUAUAACGUUACAAUAUAUUAGUAAUGUUAUUAUACACAAUGUGCAUAUUUACAAUUGUCGUCCUUCGGGAAAUACUAAUAUACGUUCGACCCCGACUCACGUUGGACAUAGAGGAAGAUCGGACGGUGAUGGAAUUUCUAUAUUUGGAUCGCGAAAUAUAUGGAUUGAUCAUUGUGCAUUGUCGCAUUGUACCGACGGCUUAAUUGAUGCUAUCAUGGGGUCCACUGCGAUUACUAUAUCUAACAACUAUUUCACUCACCAUGAUGAAGUUAUGCUCUUGGGACAUGAUGAUAGAUAUUUGCCUGACUCCGGAAUGCAGGUGACAAUAGCAUUCAAUCAUUUUGGAGUGGGAUUAGUACAGAGAAUGCCAAGGUGUAGAAGAGGAUAUAUACAUGUAGUGAACAAUGAUUUUACAGAGUGGCAAAUGUAUGCAAUUGGAGGAAGUGCUAAUCCUACUAUUAAUAGUCAGGGCAAUCGUUAUAUGGCGCCAGUGGAUCCAAAUGCAAAGGAGGUGACAAAGCGCGUGGACACAGACGAGGGAGAGUGGAGUGACUGGAACUGGAGAACUGAUGGGGACGUAAUGGUAAAUGGAGCAUUUUUCGUGCCAUCAGGUGAAGGGCUGAGCAACCAAUACGCGAAGGCCUCGAGCGUGGAGCCCAAAUCCGCUGUUCUUAUUGAUCAACUCACCCUCAACGCCGGUGUUUUUGGUGGCCCGAGGGAUAAUAGUAUUAGCAUAUCAUAUGGAGGUGGGACCACCACCGGAGCUAGCGGGAGCGGCGGUGCCGGGUCCACUGGCGGCGGCGAUAGUGACUUCUAUGGAAUGAUAUUUGGGAGCGGCGCAAAAUUAUCACCAUCUACAACCACUACUAUUUUAUUGUCUCAUUUAAUUAUUUUAGUUUUGUACAUUACCACCAACCAUUGUGGGCAAUUAUCAUUACAAUUAUUACACUUACUAUAGCAUUUUUAGUAAAGAAUAUUCCUAUAUUAUUCAAGAAAGAAUCAAAAGUCAAAAAGAAAUUUUGCAAUUUGGUAAAGAUCAA